AUGGGCAUCAGAACUGUGGCCGUGCAUUCUGAUGUGGACUCAGGGUCUCUCCACGUCAAACUGGCAGACGAGGCUGUCUGUGUAGGUCCAGCGCCUACAAGUGAAUCAUAUCUUCGUGCGGACAGGAUUUUGGAAGCUGUGAAGCAGACAGGCGCUCAGGCUGUUCACCCUGGAUAUGGUUUUCUUUCUGAGAAUACAAAGUUUGCUGCUGAGUUGGAGAAGGCUGGUGCAGUAUUCAUCGGUCCCAACUCAAAGGCUAUUCUUGACAUGGGAGACAAAAUUCACUCAAAGAAAAUAGCAACAGCUGCUAAGUUGUGUCUUUACUUCGUUUGGCGUAAUGUUUCAAUGUAA